GGUUCCCCCGAAUUUUCCAGCCGCCGCCGCCGCCUCCUUCCUGCGGCCGGGUGCCUGUGGAUGCUGAGGGACAGCCCCGCGCCUCUCCCGGCCGGAUCCCGGGCCUGAAGGCGGGGGAGCCGCGCUCCGGCCGGGGUCGCGGGCCGUGGGGAGCAGCCCCCGGGCGGGGCGGCCCCGCGGGGAGCAGCGCCCGGGCGCGCUGAGCCUGCUGCCCCGCCCGCCGCACGCGUGACCCAGCCCUGCAGCCCGCGCGGGGACCGGCCUUGGCCACGCGGCUCCCGAGUUCCUGCACAGUUCCAGAUGAUCAGCGGUCCCUGCGCCCUGGAGACCUGCUCUGCGUUCCUGCCCGAGGUGGCUGGCCCUCAGCCUUCCCCUGCCCUCAGAGAGCCCUGGUAGGCGGCCCACCCCAGGACCCUUGCUCUGUUCCCGGAGCACCUUCCAGGCCCGGCAGAAGCAGACACUAGCCGGUAUGCCGCGGAACCAGGGCUUCUCCGAGCCCGAGUACUCGGCCGAGUACUCCGCCGAGUACUCUGUCAGCCUGCCCUCCGAUCCAGACCGCGGGGUGGGCCGGACCCAUGAAAUCUCUGUCCGGAACUCGGGAUCCUGUCUGUGCCUGCCUCGCUUCAUGCGGCUCACCUUUGUGCCUGAGUCCUUGGAGAACCUGUACCAGACCUACUUCAAAAGACAGCGCCACGAGACCCUGCUGGUGCUGGUGGUCUUCGCAGCUCUCUUCGACUGCUACGUGGUGCUCAUGUGCGCUGUGGUCUUCUCGAGCGAUAAGCUGGCUCCCCUCAUCGUGGCCGGCAUCGGGCUGCUGUUGGACAUCAUCCUCUUCGUGCUCUGCAAAAAGGGGCUGCUCCCCACCAGGGUCACCCGGAAAGUGGUGCCCUACUUCCUGUGGCUGCUGAUAACAGCCCAGAUUUUUUCCUACCUGGGCCUGAACUUCGCUGGCGCCCAUGCGGCCAGUGACACAGUGGGCUGGCAGGCCUUCUUUGUCUUCUCUUUCUUCAUCACGCUGCCCCUCAGCCUCAGCCCCAUUGUCAUCAUCUCUGUGGUCUCCUGUGUUGUCCACACACUCGUCUUGGGGGUCACUGUGGCCCAACAGCAGCAGGAUGGGCUGAAGGGGAUACAGUUGCUGAGGGAGAUCCUGGCCAAUGUCUUCCUGUACCUCUGCGCCAUCAUUGUGGGCAUCAUGUCCUACUACAUGGCGGACCGCAAGCACCGCAAGGCCUUCCUGGAAGCCCGGCAGUCGCUGGAGGUGAAGAUGAACCUGGAGGAGCAGAGCCAGCAGCAGGAGAACCUUAUGCUUUCCAUCCUGCCCAAGCACGUGGCCGACGAGAUGCUGAAGGAUAUGAAGAAAGAUGAGAGCCAGAAGGACCAGCAGCAGUUCAACACCAUGUACAUGUACCGCCACGAGAACGUCAGCAUCCUCUUUGCAGACAUCGUGGGCUUCACUCAGCUGUCUUCUGCCUGUAGUGCCCAGGAGCUCGUGAAGCUGCUCAACGAGCUCUUCGCCCGCUUCGACAAGCUGGCGGCCAAAUACCACCAACUGCGGAUUAAGAUCCUGGGUGACUGCUACUACUGCAUCUGUGGCCUGCCCGACUACCGGGAGGACCACGCCGUCUGCUCCAUCCUCAUGGGGCUCGCCAUGGUGGAGGCCAUCUCGUAUGUGCGGGAGAAGACGAAGACCGGGGUAGACAUGCGUGUGGGGGUGCACACGGGCACCGUGCUGGGAGGCGUCCUGGGCCAGAAGCGCUGGCAGUAUGACGUGUGGUCUACCGACGUCACCGUGGCUAACAAAAUGGAGGCCGGCGGCAUCCCUGGGCGUGUGCACAUCUCCCAGAGCACCAUGGACUGUCUGAAGGGGGAGUUUGACGUGGAGCCUGGCGAUGGGGGCAGCCGUUGCGAUUACCUAGAUGAGAAGGGCAUUGAAACCUACCUCAUCAUUGCAUCCAAGCCAGAGGUGAAGAAAACAGCCACCCAAAAUGGACUCAAUGGCUUGGCCCUGCCAAAUGGAGCACCAGCUUCCUCAAAGCCCAGCUCCCCUGCCCUCAUCGAGACCAAGGAGCCUAAUGGGAGUGCCCACAACACUGGUUCCGCCUCAGAGGAGCCUGAGGAACCAGGUGCCCAGGCCGACACCCCCGCCUUCCCCAAUCCACGCCGGAGGCUGCGCCUGCAGGACCUGGCUGACAGAGUGGUGGAUGCCUCUGAGGAUGAGCAUGAGCUCAACCAGCUGCUCAACGAAGCCCUGCUCGAGCGGGAGUCUGCCCAGGAAGUGAAGAAGAGAAACACCUUCCUCCUAUCCAUGCGGUUCAUGGACCCUGAGAUGGAAACUCGUUACUCGGUGGAGAAGGAAAAGCAGAGCGGGGCGGCCUUCAGCUGCUCCUGCGUGGUCCUGCUCUGUACGGCCCUGGUGGAGACUCUCAUCGACCCCUGGCUGAUGACAAACUAUGUGACCUUCGUGGUUGGGGAGGCUCUGCUGCUGAUCCUGACGAUCUGCUCUCUGGCUGCCAUCUUCCCCCGGGCCUUUCCUAAGAAGCUUGUGGCCUUCUCGACUUGGAUCGACCGGACCCGCUGGGCCAGAAACACCUGGGCCAUGUUAGCCAUCUUCAUUCUGGUGAUGGUGAACGUUGUGGACAUGCUUAGCUGCCUCCAGUACUACACAGGCCCCAGCAACAGCACUACAGCGAUGCAGGUGGAGGAUGGCUGCAUGGAGAACCCCAAGUAUUACAGCUAUGUCGCUGUGCUGUCCCUCAUCGCCACCAUCAUGCUGGUGCAGGUCAGCCACAUGGUGAAGCUCACGCUCAUGCUGCUUGUGUCAGGUGCUGUGGCCGUCAUCAACAUCUAUGCCUGGUGCCCCAUCUUUGAUGAAUACGACCUCAAACGUUUCCAGGAACAUGACUUUCCUGUAGUCGCUUUAGAGAAGAUGCAGGUAUUUCUCACCCCUGGGCUCAACGGCACUAACAGGCUGCCCCUGAUGCCUUCGAAGUACUCAAUGACAGUGAUGAUCUUCAUCGUGAUGCUGAGCUUGUACUACUUCUCCCGCCACGUGGAAAAACUGGCACGGACACUGUUCUUAUGGAAGAUUGAGGUUCAUGACCAGAAGGAACGUGUCUACGAGAUGCGACGCUGGAACGAAGCCUUGGUGGCCAACAUGCUGCCUGAGCACGUGGCACGCCACUUCUUGGGGUCCAAGAAGAGAGAUGAGGAGCUGUAUAGCCAGUCUUAUGAUGAGAUUGGAGUCAUGUUUGCCUCCCUGCCCAACUUUGCUGACUUCUACACAGAGGAGAGCAUCAAUAAUGGUGGCAUUGAGUGUCUGCGCUUCCUCAAUGAGAUCAUCUCAGAUUUUGACUCUCUCCUGGACAAUCCCAAAUUCCGGGUCAUCACCAAGAUCAAAACCAUUGGCAGCACCUAUAUGGCAGCUUCAGGAGUCACCCCAGAUGUCAACACCAACGGCUUUACCAGCUCCAACAAGGAGGAAAAGUCAGACAAGGAGCGCUGGCAGCACCUGGCUGAUCUGGCGGACUUUGCACUGGCCAUGAAGGACACACUUACCAACAUCAACAACCAGUCCUUCAACAACUUCAUGCUGCGUAUAGGCAUGAACAAAGGAGGGGUACUGGCUGGGGUCAUUGGAGCCCGGAAACCACACUAUGACAUCUGGGGCAAUACAGUCAAUGUAGCCAGCAGGAUGGAGUCCACAGGAGUCAUGGGCAACAUUCAGGUGGUAGAAGAAACACAAGUCAUCCUUCGAGAGUACGGCUUCCGCUUUGUGAGGAGAGGACCCAUCUUCGUGAAAGGGAAGGGAGAGCUGCUCACCUUUUUCUUGAAGGGCCGUGAGAAGCCAGCUGCCUUCCCUAAUGGCUCCUCUGUGACUCUGCCCCACCAGGUGGUAGACAACUCCUAAAGGGCCGCUACCCCACUAUAGUCCAAAUGUGAAGGGAAGACGUAUUUUAUUGAAAUCAACAAUAAGUCUUGGGAAAGGACAAAUGACCAAGUCCCAACAUUCCCAAACUGUUGAAGUACACACUCACAUAGACGUUUUAGGGUUAAAAAUCUCAAGCCUUCAGUUGUUCAUGGAUCUGUGAGCUCUGAGCAGGGGCCAUACUUAUUCCUCAGAGUAGGGGGUCUUAGGCAUAGUGCUGGAACAAUCCUUCCAGAGCCCUGGUUUCAACCAGCCCUUCUUAGCACAGAGAGACCAUGGCCCCUGUAAGCAGGAAUGUACCAGAGGUAGAACAAAGCUGCCUUUGCUGUCAGGUUGAGCGUGCAGGUGAGGAACCUCUGCAUAAGCUGAGGACUUGGUGGGACACCUGUCCUGGCACUGCUCUGCUCCUCAGGUGUACUUGGAAGUGAUGCCUUUGAGCUCCAGCCGGAGACCCGUCUCCAUAGGGUCUGAGCUAGAUGACAUGGCCCUCGUCCUGAUAAUCUUGAAAGGUUCUUCUGGAACCCCCUGUCACCUUAGUCAUGAGAGCAGAAAGUGCAAUAUUUCCUUUUACCUGGUGGGAGGGAGGGAAAGGGAAUUUAUUUCUGAAAGAAGAUAUAUAAACAGAUCUACAUUUAUAUUUUUAACUUUCUGUUAAACACUUUCCAAUAUUGCCUUGCCUUUUGAGCUCUUGCUACAGUCGCCUUUGCUACUGCUUUAAGAGAAUUUACCGGUAUUGAUAAAGAGCAAGACUGUUUUAUUAAAAGCUUUAUUCAACUUGA